CUCCUCAUUGGAGGAGCGGGGAGGCAAGCGAGUAGAGGGCCCCUGGAGGGAGCCGCGGAGGUUCAGGUCCCGGAGGCCGGGCUACGCCGAGCCCUGCGCGUGAACAGCUGCGGCGGGGGCAGCCUCCAGCGGCGGUGCCAGCAUCCAGCGGCGGUGCCAGCAGUUCCAGCCCGUUGCUUUACUUUUUAGCUGCACCAACGUAGUCAUUAUGCCGAAGAGAAAGUCUCCAGAGAAUCCAGAGGGCAAGGAUGGAUCCAAAGUAACUAAACAGGAGCCCACCAGACGGUCUGCCAGGUUGUCAGCGAAACCUGCUCCCCCAAAACCUGAACCUAAACCAAGAAAAACAUCUGCUAAGAAAGAACUGGCAACAAAGGUUAACAAAGGUGCGAAAGGGAAGAAGGAGGAAAAGCAAGAAGCUGGAAAGGAAGGUACUGCACCAUCUGAAAAUGGUGACGCUAAAGCUGAAGAGAUCCACAUCUCUCGCUCAACUGUUAAUGUCUCAGCCUCCAGAGGUACCCCACCCAGCACACUGUCAGUAAAGGGGCAGAUUGAAACAGUGAGAGUUAAGGGCACAGAAAACUGAAUCUGUAAACGAGGGAGAAUGAAUUGUCAUGAAAAUUGGGGUUGAUUUUAUGUACCUCUUGGGACAACUUUUAAAAGCUAUUUUUACCGAGUAUUUUGUAAAUGCUAAUUUUUUUAGGACUCUCCUAGUUGGCAUCCAAAAUAUAUAAGGAUGGACAUUUUACCUUCUCAUAGUCAUGCUCUUUGGAAAUUCCCGUCAUCCUUGAGUAGAAUAAAUACCAGUUUAAUAUUGGAAGCUGUCUGUAAAAUUGUUGCAGCAUUCCAUGCACCUGCUUUAAAAAUUUAGUCCUGUGCAUACUGUGGUGUUUUUACUGUGCGUAUUUGAAUUUUUUCCUGCAGUUUCUCUAGAGCAAUAAUCAGUGGUGCUUUUGUACCUAGGUUUUAUGUGAUUUUAAUGAAACGUGCAUCGUUGUGGCCACCUGCUGACUAUUUGUGGUUUAAAAUAAAGGGUUUUCCUGCCUGCAAAA